AUGGCAGUUGACUCAUUUGCACUUUUGGCCUGUUUUGUGUUGAUAAAUAAAGCUGUUGUGGUUGUAUCAAACUUAGCAACAGAAUCCACUCAUGAAGAUUACAACACUAUGAUGGGCACAAAUUUUGAGGCUUCUUACCACUCAUCUCAACUAGCACAUUCCUUCUUAAAAGCCUCAAAAAAUGAAAGAAUUGUUUUCAUUUCUUCUGUUGCUGGCUUUGUCUCUCUGCCUUUAUCUUCCAUUUAUUCAGCAGCUAAAGGGGCAAUGAACCAAUUGACAAGGAGUUUGGCAUGUGAAUGGGCUAUGGACAAUAUUAGAGUUAAUGCAGUUGCACCAUGGGUAAUCAAAACCUCUCUCAUUGAAGCAGCUUCAGUAAGUUUAAGCAUAUUAUAA